AUGUCGAUCGAUAAGAGUUGGACUACUUUAGACCGUAGGUCCGAUGAAUUUUGGUUUGGUCUUUCUGCAUUCAUCGAGAGGUGUAAGGACCACAUGACUAAUGAUGGUUUAUGUCGAUGCCCAUGUGAAAGAUGUGAAAACCUUGAAUGGCAAUCACUUCAAAAAAUACAAUUGCACAUACAUAGUCAUGGUUUUAGCGAACAUUUCCCUAUAUGGAAGUUUCACGGUAAACCAGUCGUCCUGCCAAUAGAACAUUCCAUUCCUCAAACGAGAGGACAAUUGCAUGAUUUUCUCGCCGAUGUUCGCCAGGAGACGCAUGACUAUGAACACACCACGCGUAUCGAUGACCCAAUGAACACAACACAAGCACCAAGUACAAAUGACGAACUCGAUGAGCUGCUCAAACUUGCUGAUUUGGAGCUAUACCCUGGUAAUAACUGGAUAUCUUCGUUGGAAUUUUUGGCCAGGUUGAAUCACCUGAAGGCAACUAGUAAAUGGACGAAUACAUCAUUCGAUGGAUUGCUUUCGUUGCUUAAAUUUUCUAUGCCUAAACAAAAUACAAUCCCUGUGUCACACUAUGAUGCUAAGAAGAUAUUGGACAAAGUUGGGUUAGGAUACCAAAACAUCGACGUUUGCAAGAACGACUGUUGUAUAUUUUGGGGUGAUCACCUAAAAGACGAAGUUUGUUGGAAAUGUUCUGAGAGUAGAUGGAUAGAUAAAAACACUACGGGGACGAAAGUAGCACACAAGGUGAUGCGUUACUUUUCGUUGACUCCUCGGUUGAAGCGUUUGUAUAACUCAAGACACACUGCAAAAGAUAUGACUUGGCAUGCGACUGGACAGUGUACGGAAGUUGGUAAGAUGCAUCACCCGGUGGAUGGUACAACAUGGAAAGGCUUCGACAAAAGGUAUCCAGAUUUUGCCAGUGAACCUAGAAAUGUCAGAUUAGGGUUGGCUGCUGAUGGUUUCAAUCCAUUUGGCAACAUGAGUGUAUCUUAUAGCAUGUGGCCGGUCAUAUUGACGACAUACAAUAUGCCUCCCUGGCUAUGUAUGAAAGAGUCUACAUUUAUGCUAACGUUGUUAAUUCCUGGCCCUAAAUCACCUGGGAGGGACAUGGAUAUUUUUUUGAGGCCAUUGGUUGAAGAAUUGAAAAGUCUAUGGUCUUGCGGAGUCAAAACACAAGAUGCUUCUACAAACACUACCUUCACAAUGCGUGCUAUGCUUUUAUGGACCAUCAAUGAUUUCCCUGCUCGUAGUAGUUUGUCUGGUUGGAGUGGCCAAGGUUACUUAACAUGCCCUACAUGUGCCAAGGAUACUCCAUCGUGUCGUGUCCAUGGGAAAACCGCUUAUGUAGGUCAUAGAAUGUAUCUAAAGGUGGACCAUCCAUGGAGGCAAAGCCUCUCAUUUGAUGGCAAGAUCGAGACUCGACGUCCUCCCAAAAAGAAAACAAGGAAAACUAUCUUAGCACAAGUUAAUAGGUUGCCGCAUCAUCCUCCGGGAAAACAUCCUCUUUUUGGGGGUAAGAAAAGAAAACGUGAUCCAAAAAUUGAAUUGAAUUGGAGUAAGCGUUCUAUUUUCUUCGAGCUUGAAUAUUGGCCUUUUCUUGAGCUAAAACAUAAUUUGGAUGUCAUGCAUAUAGAGAAAAAUGUUUGUGAGAGUUUGUUAAAUACUUUGUUAAUGCACAAGGAAAAAUCAAAAGACACCAAUAAGGCAAGGAUGGUGUUGAAAGAAUGGGGCAUUCGCGAAGAGUUGUGGCUCAGAAAAACCAAGGAUGGUAGGGUCGUUAAGCCUCAUCCCAAAUACUCUUUCUCAGUUCAGGACAUAACUCUUUUUUGUCAAUUCAUCAAGGGAGUAGGGUUACCUGAUGGUUUUGGCUCAAACUUCAGUAACAAAGUAACCGACAAUGAUAGCAAGUUAACAGGGCUCAAGUCUCAUGACCAUCAUAUAAUGAUGCAACGGUUGCUUCCACUCGGUGUUCGAGCGUAUUUAGACUCAGACAUGGUUGAUGACAUCAGACAUGGUAAAAGCUCAAGCUAA